CCGCCGUGGUGCGCGCCGGCUGGUCAAGGUUGUGCGCAGAAGAGGCGCAGCGGGCAGGCAAAGAGCGAGCGUCUCACCCUCGUAGUGGCACCGGGGCCGGUCGCCUGAAGUCGAAAUCAUGUCCACGCCAGGAAAAGAGAACUUUCGCCUGAAAAGUUACAAGAACAAAUCUCUGAAUCCUGAUGAGAUGCGCAGGAGGAGGGAGGAAGAAGGACUGCAGUUACGGAAGCAGAAAAGGGAAGAACAGUUAUUCAAGAGAAGAAAUGUUGCUACAGCAGAGGAAGAAACAGAAGAGGAAAUUAUGUCUGAUGGUGGCUUUCAUGAGGCCCAGAUAAAUAACAUGGAGAUGGCACCAGGGGGAGUCAUUACCUCUGACAUGACUGAGAUGAUAUUCUCCAAUAGCCCAGAACAGCAGCUUUCUGCAACACAGAAAUUUAGGAAACUACUUUCAAAAGAACCUAAUCCUCCUAUUGAUGAAGUCAUCAACACACCAGGAGUAGUGGCCAGGUUUGUGGAGUUCCUCAAACGAAAAGAAAAUUGUACACUGCAGUUUGAAUCAGCUUGGGUCCUGACAAAUAUUGCUUCAGGAAACUCUCUUCAGACCCGGAUUGUGAUUCAGGCAGGAGCCGUGCCUAUCUUCAUCGAGUUGCUUAGCUCAGAGUUUGAAGAUGUCCAGGAGCAGGCAGUCUGGGCUCUUGGCAACAUUGCUGGAGAUAGCACCAUGUGCAGGGACUAUGUCUUAGACUGCAAUAUCCUUCCCCCUCUGCUGCAGUAAGUGUCCAAAACAGCUUUGACCAUGACUCGGAAUGCAGUGUGGGCUUUAUCUAAUCUAUGUAGAGAGAGUCCACCUCCAGAAUUUGCUAAGGUUUCUCCUACUAUGAAUGUCCUUUCUUGGUUGCUGUUUGUCAGUGACACUGAUGUACUAACUGAUGCUUAUGGGCCCCUCAUACCUGCAGAUGGACCCAAUGAUAAUCAAGCAGUCAUGGUUGCAGGAGUAUGCAGGAGACUUGUGGAGCUUCUGAUGCACAAUGAUUAUAAAGUGGUUUCCUCCUUUCGGGCUGUAAACAUUGUUACAGGGGAUGACAUUCAGACACAGAACUCUUUUUUUCCCUUUUAGGUAAUUUUGAAUUGCUCAGCUCUUCAGAGUUUAUUGCAUCUGCUGAGUAGCCCAAAGGAAUCUAUCAAAAAAGAAGCAUGUUGGACAAUCUCUAAUAUUACUGCUGGAAAUAGGGCACAGAUCCAGACUGUGAUAGACGCUAACAUGUUCCCAGCUCUCAUCAGUAUAUUGCAAACAGCAGAGUUCCGGACGAGAAAGGAAGCUGCUUGGGCCAUCACAAAUGCAACUUCUGGAGGAUCAGCCGAGCAGAUCAAGUACCUAGUAGAACUGGGUUGUAUCAAGCCACUCUGUGAUCUCCUCACUGUCAUGGAUGCAAAAAUUGUACAGGUUGCCCUAAAUGGCUUAGAAAACAUCCUGAGGCUUGGGGAACAAGAAGCCAAAAGAAAUGGCUCAGGAAUUAACCCUUACUGUGCUUUGAUUGAGGAAGCAUAUGGUCUGGAUAAAAUUGAGUUCUUACAGAGUCAUGAAAACCAGGAGAUCUAUCAGAAGGCUUUUGAUCUUAUUGAGCAUUACUUUGGGACGGAGGACGAGGACAGCAGCAUCGCACCCCAGGUUGACCUUAGCCAGCAGCAGUACAUCUUCCAGCAGUGUGAGGCUCCCAUGGAAGGUUUCCAGCUCUGAAGCAACCCUCUGCUUUCUUGUUCCUGUGUCAGACCAGGCUACCCAGUCAAGUCCUCUUGUGGAGCCCACAGUCCUCAUGGAGCUAAUUUCUCAAAUGUUUUCCAUAAUACUGUUUGCGCUCAUUUGCUUGCCUUGCGCACCUGCUCUCUUACACACAUCUGGAAAACCUCUGGCUCUCUGUGGUGGAACACCCUUUUAUUACAAGGGUGACCAGAACGGCCCACUCUCUUAUGGAAAAAUCCCUAAGCUUUGGAGAUCCGCACUUACAUUAGAGUCAUGGGAAUGUACACAUACUAAUGUGGCUCCCUUUUUUUGUGGGGGAAAAAGAGGACUCUUCCUCAUUCCGUAAAGUGGGGAAAAUGACAUUAAAAGAUAAAACUAAAACCUUUAUCUUGAAUUUUACACAACUACUUGGACAAGGGAGAUAUUUAGACUUGUGUAUACGUCAGAGUACUCUUCUCGAGUUCUUCCACAGUGAAUCAACCCUUGGAGUACCUGGUGGCUUUUUCUAGCCACAUUCGCAUUAAUCCUUAUUGAAAUGGGAUGGUUUUCUUUCCUCUAAUGGAGUCAUUUUCUUCAGAUAUUAAAGUUAAACCAUCCAA